AUAAUACUACGUAUACUCGUCGCAUCGCAUCGGCACAUCACUAUUGUUAUAAGAGAAAAUUUUGUGGACUCAUCUCCGGCAAAAGGAAAAUAUAUUAUUUUUUUAAAUAGACUGAAGUAAUUCGGCAACAUGUCGGCAACAGCUUUAUUUGGGAACACCUCGGGGCUUGGUGGUAGUUCAGGAGGCAACAAGCAUCUAGUGGAAUUUCGCGCUGGACGCAUGACACUGAAAGGGCGCAUGGUGCACCCAGACAAAAGGAAGGGUCUUCUUUACGUUUACCAAGGUGAAGAUUCCUUGAUGCAUUUCUGUUGGAAGGAUCGUACCACCGGGGAAGUGGAAGAUGAUCUGUUGAUCUUCCCUGACGACUGUGAAUUUGUGCGGGUCAAUGAAUGCACUACCGGCAGAGUCUAUGUGUUGAAGUUCAAGUCUUUCUCCAAGAAAUAUUUCUUCUGGAUGCAGGAACCCAAAACUGACAAAGAUGAUGAUUUCUGCCGUCGCAUCAAUGAGGCUCUGAACAACCCCCCCACAUCUGGUGGUCGAGGCAGCAGCGGCAGCGGGGCUCAGGACGGAGAGCUGCAGAACCUGCUCAACAACAUGUCUCAGCAGCAACUGAUGCAGCUGUUUGGAGGAGUCAACCAGAUUGGCGGGCUUUCAUCACUCCUUGGGACUAUGGGCAACAGUGGUAACGGCGGCAGCGGUCGCACAUCAGGCAGUGCAUCCCGUAGUGGCAGCGCGCCCCGCACCGAGCCGCGCAGCGAGACCCGCGCCGCCACCCGCCCCCGCGACCCCGCGCCCGCCACCACCGCCGCCGCCACUCCGGCCGCCGCCGCCGCCGCUCCAACCACCACCACCGCAUCCGCCACACCCAGGGCCGGAACUGGCACCGGCAGCGGUCAGGGGCAGAUAUUCCUGUCGGACCUGCAGCGCUACUUCUCGGGGCUGGCGCCGCCGGGGCUGGGCGGGGCGGAGGAGGCGGGCGUGGAGCGCGAGCUGCCCGCGGCGCUGGCGGGCGCGGACGUGGUGGGCACGGCCGCCGCGCCGCCGCACGCCGAGCGCCUGGCGCCGCACCUGCCGCCCGCGCCCGACAACGCCGCACAGGACGAUGUAAGGACCACCUUGCUGUCACCGCAGUUCGCUCAGGCUGCAGCGCUAUUCUCUUCAGCACUCACAUCGGGGCAGAUGGGCCCGAUCAUCUCUCAGUUCGGUCUGAACCAGGAGGUGGCUUCGGCAGCUAGCAGCGGCGACGUGCAGGCUUUCUUCAAGGCUCUAGAGAACUCCUCCAAUUCCGAGACUGACGCCUCUAAGGAUUCCAAGGACUCGAAAGGAGACAAGAAGGAGCCCAAGAAAGAUGACAAGAAAGACGAUGACGCUGGCAUGUCUCUUGACUGAUUUAAUUUUGUUUGCGUGAUUAGAAACUCAACGAAGUUUUUUUUGAAAAAUAUGUAUAUCUAACAAUUUUGUUUCAUUCUAUUAUUGUCAAUAAAUUAGUUAUCACUGUGUA